GGUUUUAAAGAAAAUUCAAAGUGAGUCCAAAAUCACAACAUCCUACUUCAUCUACUCUUCAACAACUGGCAUCAGAGUUUUAGAUGAUGUUGCUGUACUGGAGAAAUAUCCCAACGCUUUCGGUAUUCCAGCGGAAGCAGCUAACAAAGCGCUCAACCAAAGUGCAGGAAGCGCUUUUAUGGGUGUUUUCCGCUUUCCUAACAUGUCAAAGGAUGCAGAGAAUAGUACGGUUUUGAAUGAUGAGGUUUAUGCCAUCGAAAUGGGGACAAAAAUUUCAAAUCUGAGUGACCCCAUCAGCUUGACAUUCAAAUAUCAGGAGACUAAGGAAACUCCGGUUUGUCACUCAUGGGAUGGAAGCGGAAAUAAGCCAAACUGGACAACUGAAGGGUGCAAUACCACUAAAGGAGGAACCAAUGUAACAUGUCAAUUGCAAUCAUUUGACUUUCUUCGCUGUGCUUAUGCGACCUCACUGCUCUCACCUACAUCACUUACAUCGGGCUGCGGCCUCUCCUUGUUUUUCCUGUCCAUCGGGCUCUUCAUGCACUUCCUCAUGAGGAGAGUGAAGGCCACUGAUUCUAUCCGUGUGCUGAUUAAUCUCUUUGUGGCGCUGUUCCUGCUCAACGUGGCCUUCCUGUCGAAUGAGUACGUAGCACGUAUGAAGGACGUCAACGCCUGCAAGAUCAUGGCUGGAUUCAUGCACUACUGCUUGCUGGCCAGUUUCAACUGGUUUGCGGUGGAGGCUUUUCACCUCUGCCUGCAGAUGGCCAAACACUCAGUCACCAUCAAACAUUACAUGAUCAAGAUCUCUGUGGCUGGUUGGGCUCCUCCUGCUCUUGUUGUCAGUAUCAUUUACGUCUUGGGCAAAUAUGGUGAGCAGACCAUAAAAACGGAGACGAGCAACGUAACUAUGUGCUGGAUUUUAGACUCUAAUAUCCACUACUAUGUGAACAUCGGUUAUUACUGCCUCAUCUUCAUCUUCACCUUCAGCACCUUCGUUGUGGUGCUGCGAUGGCUCUCCAUGCUGAAGUUCAGCAAGCUGAACAAGGCUGGAAAGGUGAAGCGCUCAGGAACCGACACCACUGACAUCACCACCAUCCUGGGCCUCUGCUGCAUGCUGGGACUCACCUGGAGCUUCGCCUUCUUCAGCUACGGAGCAAUGCGUCUGCCCUCGUAUUACAUAUUCACCAUCCUGAACUCCUUCCAAGGAUUUUUCUUGUUCAUAUAUUACUUGAAAGCAAGCACCCUCUUUGGAGACUCGGCGCCUUCAGAGGAGAGUGUCACGACUGAAGAAACUGUUACAGAAAAUCCAUACGAAGACCUAGCAACAGAAGACACCAAAAAAAUUAUCUGACUGUAUACAUUUGAAAUGACCUGUCUAUUGAUAUUUUACCUUCAUUUGUAUUAUAAAAGUGAGUCAAUUCAAUGCAAAUUAUUCCCUGUCACAUAUGCAGCUCUUUUUUGAACUCUUCAGAAUUUUAAUAAUUUGUACUCUUUUCAAUUCAUGAGUUUGAACUGAUUUUAAUUGCGCAACAGGAAGUUGAAUUGACAGCUUAAUUGCAUUUUAAAGAAAUUCAAAGUAAAGGGAGCAAAUAAAAAAUAAUUAUA